AUGUCGCCGAAGCAACAGCCUGACAAGACGGGCGCGUCGACGCCCACAAACUCGGACAUCAUGGCCGAGGACAAGGCCGUCGUCGAGUACUCCGAGGUCAUGAACGAGGGCGACGGCAAGAUGACCGCCGAGCAGGCCCGUGUUGAGGACCUGCUCCGCGCCGCCGAGGCCGCCACGCGCACCGAGCACAAGAUGACCCUCAUGCAGGGUCUGCGCCAGUACCCCAAGGCAUGCUUCUGGAGUAUGAUGAUCUCGGUGGCUGUUAUCAUGGAGGCGUUCGACUUGACGCUUCUUGGCAACUUUUACGCGUACCCGUCCUUCCGUAAGAAGUUUGGAAACGAGUACAUCAACAAGGACGGCGAGGUCGACUGGCAGGUGCCCGCCAGCUGGAUGGCCGGCAUCGGCAACGCCGCCGGCGUGACCUCCAUCCUCGGUGUCCUCCUCAACGGUAUCAUCGCCGAGCGCUUCGGCUACCGUCGCACGACGUUUUGGGCGCUCAUCUGGCUCACCUGCGUCAUCUUCAUCUUCUUCUUUGCGCAGAACAAGGAGAUGCUCCUCGCCGCCCAGUUUUGCGCCGGUUUCGUCUGGGGCAUCUUCCAGACCCUCACCACGACCUACGCCGCCGAAGUUGCUCCUCUUCCUCUGCGCGGCAUCCUCACAACUUGGGUGAACGCAUGCUGGGGAAUCGGUCAGCUGCUUGGUAUUGCUAUGUUGCGAGGCCUCCUCCACCGCAAGGACGACUGGGGAUGGAGGAUCCCUUUCGCACUCCAAUGGUUCUGGCCUCCUAUCCUUAUUGUCGUCGCUAUCUUUGCCCCGGAGUCGCCCUGGUGGCUCGUACGCAAGGGCCGAGUCGAGGAGGCCCGCGCCUCGCUUCACCGCCUGUACUCGGGCGACGCGACCGACGAAGUCAACAACGCGCUCGCUAUGAUUGAGCACACUAUCGCCAUGGAGGAGAACACGACCAAGGGCGCGUCCUACCUCGAGCUCUUCAAGGGCACCAACUUGCGCCGAACGGAAAUUGUGUGUGGCUGCUGGGCUGUGCAGCAGAUGUGUGGUUCGGCCUUCAUGGGCAGCAGCACUUAUUUCCUUGAACAAGCCGGUUGGUCGGUCGAGAACGCCUUCUCCAUGACCAUGGGCUCGCACGCCAUCAACACCGGUGGCACUUUCAUCGCCUGGAUCCUUAUCGGUAUGGGUAUCGGCCGCCGCGCUCUCUACUUCUGGGGCUGCGCCUGGAUGUGCAUGGUGCUUCUCAUCAUUGGCGGUAUCUCUCUCAUCGGCAACAAGGCAUCGUCGCUCGCCAUCGGUAUCAUCCUCCUCACGUGGCAGGUCGCGUACCAGUUCACUGUCGGCACGGUGUGCUACUCGCUCGUCGCUGAGAUCCCUUCGCGUCGCCUUGCUAUCAAGUCGAUCAACCUCGGCCGUGGCUGCUACAACAUCAUCGGCGUCAUCACCAACUCGUACCACCCGUACAUGCUCAACCCGACCGCGUGGAACUGGGGCGGCAAGACUGCCUUCUACUGGGGCGGAACCUGCAUGCUCUGCAUGAUCUGGAUCUACUUCCGUCUUCCCGAGCCUAAAGGCCUCACCUUCUACGAGCUCAACGCCCGUUUCGAAGCCAAGAUCCCCGCCCGCAAGUUCCAGACCACCGAGAUUGACGUCUGGGCCAAGGACGAGAAGAACAUGGGCGCGGCGGUUGCGGCGCUCGACAAGCAGGACAACGACGACGCCGCGGGUGUCGGUCGCAAGACGAUGGUGUAA